GCAAUUUCACCCCCAGCAAGUCUCGGAUCUAUAUCCAUCUUGACUGCUCAGAUCGGACCAGAUUCAGCUCAACUCGAUUCAGUCCCAGCGACCCGAAUUUCCAAAAGCUCUAUCCGAUUCUCAUGAAGCGGAAGCACCCGUGGCCGGAGACAGCUGAAGCAGCUCAGCCAAUUCCCAACGAUGUGUCCCGUAACCUUAGGGUUCGGAGGGUGUUCUCUCCUAACGCCGUGAUUGAAGAAAAUAGCCAACAUUUUGAGCCUGGGUUCAAAAAUCAUAGUCUCGGGUCUUCUGGGGAAGAAUCAACGAAGAAAAUUGGAAUGGUACUGGAGGAUUUGAAAAAUGGCGAAGCUGUUGUGGGUGCCCAAUGCUGCGGAUCCAAAACGGAAGCUGUAAGAGACGAAGGUCUCAACAAGUCAGUCUCAAAAGAGGGUAAUGGAAUUCGUGACAAUAGAAAAGAACCGGGUCAUCCUCCAUUCAAGCUCAUUCGCCCAAAUGAGCCAAGCUCUACAAACAAACAGAUUGUGAAGACAAACUUGUUAAGGAGGGCAGUAGAAUCGUCAAGCUCAUUCAGCUAUAGAAGAUUGCUGCCAUAUCUUAUGGGCUUAAAUGAUGACAAAUCUUGCUCUUCUGAAAUUAAGACCGAGGAUACAUGUCGAGAAUCCAAUGUUCUGGAUGUUGAUAGUAGGAAGUCUAGCUCAUCUCUAGACAAGGGCAACUGUUAUUCUUCUAAAAAUGAGCCCGUGGUUGGACACUCAGAUGAUUGUAAACCCCUGCAUAGUGGAGAAGUGGACAAUGGCGUGUUCAAACUUCCAUGCGAACAACUGGAUAAAAACUGUGGCAGUCUUUCCUUGACUCAAACCGAGCCCAAUGUUGGAUUGCUUAAUGGAAUGGGUAGUGCAACAAGAGAUACUAUUUUGCUGACACCACCUGAUCCUGACAUAUCUACAAAAACUGAUACCAAUGACUCUAAGGCUUGCACAGCUCAAACUCCUCAGCAAAAUGAUAAAAUGUUUCAACAGCAUAGCAGUAAUACGACCUGCACCUUGAAAACUUGUUGCCAGAAUCCUGCUGAUAGAAAUGGCAGUAGUUGGAAGUCCAAAAUGGUUUUGAAUCCUUGUUCUAGAAAGAAGGUUCUGAACCCUCCAUGCUCUGUUAGCUAUGGACAACAGCUUCCAUAUCUGCUGGAUGUUGGAAAUGAUUCUAAAGAUGAGGCAGAUGUUAUAGAAUUGAAAGAUUCUUAUCCUCUGAAGUCACAAGCAUAUACAGCUCAUACAGCAUCUGAAGUCCUUUCUGCAAAUGUAUCUGUUGCCACAUCAAGUUCUAUUAGUGAAUCCAUAAAAAAUCCAACAGACAUUUUGGAGGUAAAUGACGGGCCUUCAGUAGGACACACCUUGUCACAUACUACCAAUCAUCUAGAGACAGAUCUGGCAAACGGUACUAAAAAAACUGAUCAUGGGGAAGUGAGUUGUGACGAAGUUCCAUGUAGCCCUAUUAUUACUGAUGUUGUAUUACCUACAACACCAGAAUUGUCACAGCUUGGAGAAACUAAAUGUGAUGGUGAUGACAUCCAAGAAGUUCACCACGAAGAUAAGACAUAUGUGGAUGGAAGUGAUGUUUCACAUGAAGUGAAGCCAGAUACCUCCACUUCUGCAACAACUCAUACUGUAGAUUCUAGUGAAGAUCUUUUUAAGAGGUCUGCUAUGUCGAUGGAUUCAGAUUCUCAAGGUGACCGUGAAUAUAGAAUUCUAGUAAAUGAAAACACUUCAAGUGAAAGCUCAACAUCUGUUGAAGAAACCAGUCUCACAGUAGCUUGUGCUGCUGGUCAUGCUGAAACUCUGCCGAAGGACUGCAACUCAGCAACCAUACAGCCCGAGCACUUGGAGAAAAACUGCGGUGACCUGGUUGAAACAGUUACUUUUAAUGAAAGCCAGACUGAAAUUCAGACAUUAAACACUUCCACCUCUCAAACUGAGAGUACCAUGAAAGGGGUAUUGAAGAGAAACCCAAGAGGGUGUAGAGGACUAUGCGAGUGCCUUAACUGCAACUAGCAGACAUUCGCAAACUGCUGGGGAGUUCUGCAUCCAUCGAGAACAACUUUUCUCUAUUAGAAACGGCUCAGGUUAAUGAUGCAUGCACUAAAGCACUGCAAGCAGAACAACUAGCAAAAGAACGGCUCAGUGAAAUGAAUGAUGAUCUCCAAUAUCAUUGCAGAACUAGACCUUUGCAGCGUCCAAGGGUAACAUUUUCUAUCUCGGCACCAGACUUGUCAGCUUGUCCCAAGAACAUAACAGAUUGCAAAAGAAAGAGAAGUUGGAACAAUGUGAGGUGAGCUGCUCACAUAUAGACUGAGAAACAAGACAUAAAAACGGGUUUGAAUCAGAAGUAGACUCAGUUGUUCAGUUGACCCGCCAUUUAAACUCCUCCCUGGUUGAAGAAAGUACACUAGGACUUUUUCUUUUAUCAUGCAUGAGACCUACGACACUGAGUUUUAUUUGCACUCUGUUACAAAGGAUAUUCGGGGCAAAAGCUUAUUAAAAUAUAUAUUGGGGGCAAAGCUUUAUAUUUAUAAUAAAUUAUACUUCGGAUU